AUGGCAGAGGAGAUCAGCUCUUCUCCUCAGGAGAAGAGUGUGCCAACGGUUGCUAGAGUUGAGGAUAGCGACCGUUCAGAUGCCCUUUCCAUCAACGAGAUCGCUUUGGGAGACGAUCUCCCACCGGGUUACUACACGAGCCUUCCCUUCAUCGGGACUAUCCUCGGUCUUACCCUUGGGGUGAUCUCGUCGUACAUCAUCUUCGUCAUGACGACCAACGUUUUGUCGUUUACGAAUAUGGACAUCGGCCCGAGUGCGAACAUCUCGUGGGUCAACAUUUCGCGGACCCUGGGCCAGUCGUUGGUGUACCUCAUUCAGGGCCGGCUGUCGGACCUGUUCGGGCGCCGCUGGUUCUUCAUCGGCGGCAACCUGUUGGCCCUGGUCGGCAGCGCCAUCGCCGCGGGGGCGCCCAACGUCAACACGCUCAUCGGCGGCAACCUUCUCUACGGCAUGGGCGAGUGCAUCCAGGUCAGCUUCGGCGUCGCCAUCGGGGAGCUCGUGCCCAACAAGUACCGCCCCGUCGUCAUCUCCUUGAUCUUCCUCGCCGCGGCCCCCUUCUCGGCCUUCGGCCCCACCAUCGCCAGGAGGUUCAUCGCCAUCGGCAUGGGCUGGAGGUGGUGCUACAUCCUCGGCAUAAUCCUAAUCGCCCUCGCCGCUAUACUGCUCUUCUUCUUCUAUCACCCGCCGAACUUUGACAUGCUGCACGAGAAGAAGUCCAAGAAGCAGCAGAUGAGCGAGCUCGAUUACGUUGGGAUGGUCCUCUGGACAUCCGGUCUUACUCUGUUCUUGCUUGGCCUGAGCUGGGGUGGUGGCCUCUAUCCAUGGCGCUCUCCCAAUGUUAUAGCGACCAUAAUCAUAGGCUUUGUCGUCAUCGUCGUCUUCGUAUUCUGGGAAUGCUACGCCGACCUGAAAUACCCGGUGAUGCCCAUGUCCUACUUCCGCAACCGCGGCUUCGUCAGCCUGGUCAUGUGUGCCACCGUCGCUUCCAUGUUCUACUACUCGGCCGUUCUGCUUUGGCCCCAACAAGUGGCCGCCAUGUACACAACCAACGUCUCAUACGCAGGCUGGCUAUCCUGCACCGUAUCGGCGUCGACCAACCUGGGGCAGGGCGUCGCCGGCGUCAUCAUCCGGUACGGCGGCAACUCUCGGUACCUGAUCAUCUUCGCAGCCUGCGCCAUGGUCGCCUUCGUCUCGGGGCUGGCGGCGCUGACGCCGUCGACUAAGGAGAUGGGCAUCGCCUUCACCAUCAUCGGCCCCUUCUGGGUCGGCUUCAUCGAGCUCGCGUGUCUCUCCCUGGCGCCCUUGUUCUGCAAGCCCGAGGACAUCGGCCUCGCCAACGGCCUGCUGGCCUCGAUCCGCGCCGCCGGCGGCGCCAUCGCCGUCGCAGUCUACACCACCAUCCUCACCAACCGCCUCACCACCACCCUGACGGCCGACGUCGGCGCCGCCGCCGUUGCCGCAGGCCUCCCCGCCGACCGCAUCCCCGAGCUGGUCGCCGCCGUCAAGGGGAGCUCCUGGGCAAAGCUGCCGGGCCUGACGUCCUCCAUCUCGGCCGCCAUCCAGGGCGCCAUCCCAAUGGCCUACUCGCAGGCGUUCAGAACCGUCUACCUCGCCAGUCUGGGCUUUGGCGGCGUUGCCAUCAUCGGGAGCCUGCUGACCAAGAACGCACAGGUGCAUCUGACAGACAAAGGUAAAGUUUCCCGCUUUUUGCUGCUUGGGCCCCCAAGCCUGAGACGGAGUUCUGGUUUGCUGACUUGGGAUUUAGUGGAGCGGCGCAUGCAUGGCAAGUCCAUCGGCGGAGAGUUGAAGAAGGGCAAGGAUGUCGAUGUCGAGGUAUGA